AUGAAGGAUCGAGGUGUUGACUUCAUCCUCUGUCCUGCCUACGUCGGGCCUGCUGCAAAGUUGGGCGAUGGUCAUUACAUUCCGUACACGGCCAUUUGGAAUCUCCUAGAUCAGCCAGCCAUUUCAUUCCCGACUGGACUAAAGGUUGAGCCAACCGAUACACCAUACUUUGACUUCAAACCCCGUUCCGCUGAAGAGGAAAGAGAAUACAAUAAGUUAGUAGACUCGCCCGAAGAGUAUGCUGAGGCGCCAUUGGCAUUGCAAGUAGUUGGUAAACAUUUUUGUGAUGAAGACACGGUCGCCGCUGUAGAGUUGGUGUCAAAGAUUGUCCAAGGAUGA